CUCUCCUUCAAUUCAGGAGUGAGAAGCUCAACACUCAAUCUACCCUCCUAAAACUAACCAUCCUAUUGAUCAGAAGCAGCUGUUGCCUAUCUCUUUACGUUUCUCACUCUGAAAUCUCAAAUAUAUCUUUCAUUUUCAACCUCUCAUGGAAAUCCCAGAUGAUUUUUCCUCCUAUGUGAGUGCCCCAACUAGCCCUGCUCAAUGCAGCCCAGGAAAUAAUUUGUUCUUCUGUAGUGUCCCUGCCAGUCCUAGGAAAAGAACAAUAUCAAACACUCCAUAUGAUGCAUGUUACAGUGAUCAUGAGUACAUGACACCACCAAUGACACCCUAUCAAGAUGCCAAUUCCGAUCUCGAUGACUUUGAAUUCGAAACCAGUCGCAGUUUCAGUCUCGAUGUGUUUGAUAACGUGAAAAGUCAGCAGAAGGCUUCGUUGGACCGGAAACAGCAAGAACAAAUUAGGCAACAAAGGCAGUGCGGGGACUCCCUUCCGAUGACCAUGUCAUUUGCUGAUGAGCUUUUUUGUGAUGGAAAAGUGAUGCCACUUGCACCUCCAGCACUCAAACUUCCACCACGUCUUCAUCAUAAAAGGAGUGGCAGCCAGAGCCCCAUGCCAUCUUCCCCAAGGUCUCCCAGUUUUGUUCUGAAUUUGCCAUUUUCGUACAGGAGGUUGUGGAAUGAUGAUUUUGAUCCAUUCAUGGUGGCAUUGGAGCAUGUCAGGGAGGAGAAAAAGAGAGGGAAAGAAAAGACACACGAUCAUAACAUGGUGGGCUUGAAUGACCAACAGAACAAGCAAACUGGCCUGGUAACACCAAUUCACUCACCUUCUGCAAACUCUGCAGGUCAGCUGGAACCAAGGAAACAAGUCGGGCAAAGUCGAAAAAGGCUGGCUCUUCCCAAAGGACUAGAGUAUGCAAGACAAGUUAGACUUAUCCAAAAGGGUCAUAAUGAGAGAUUUAGUGACCCCAAUAUGGCAAUACCUGUCUGCACAGUAGAAGAGACACCUAAGAAUAAGAUUGUUCAAGGAAGUGGAGAUCAAAGGUACAUAAGUGCUCCUUGUACAAAGGAAACCAAGGGGCAGAAAAUCAAAGGGCUUUCACUGAGUGCUUCUUUCGGGAAAGUAGAUGAUGACAAGAAGAAGCAAAGAGAUCAAGGUUCAGCAAUAUUGAGCAGAAAGCCAACAUUUCUAAGGAGAUUAAUCUCUAAGUCUGGGGGAUCAGCCCACUGCAGUGGGGAGAAAAGGGUAUCUGAUCAACUCACCAAGAUGACAUUUGUGCAUUUCAGGCCAAGGCUCUUACUUUGCAUGGGUUAUAAGGCAAGGUAUGCCAAGUGAACCAGAGAUUGCCAUAUCUAUAAAAGUUGUGCUAAUUUUAGCUUCUAAAUUGAUAGUAGAACUGCCAAAAGGGAUGGAAAAAAUUAUUAUUGUGGUUUAUAUAAUGUUUACUUGUAAUUGUUUUACAGGAAUUAAUAUCUCAAUUAAUUUGUGCAAACUUCUUUUUUUUUUAAUAAUUUUUUUUU